AUGUUGAUGGGUGGCCCAUCUGUGUGGCCAGCCCUGCUCUCUCUGCUUUUGGCAGUGGCGGCGUCUUUUUUCUGCUCAGCCAUACCCAUAGAUGAAGCACGAAAUCAGCUGUUGAUGAGAGAGAAGACGAUGCAAUUGGGAGGACAGCUGGUGCUGAAGAAAGAAGAGGAGCUGGCCAAUGAGAGACUCAUGGCCCUCAAAAAGGCUGAGAUGAAGCAGGCCAUGGAAACUCAGAAGUUCCCACCCAGCAUGCACUUUUUCCAGGCCAAGAAUCUCAUUGAGAAAAGCGAGGUGUUUAAUAUCCUGAAGAAGAUGCCAAAAGGGGCUGCUUUGCAUGUCCAUGACAUCAGCAUCUCAAGUAUGGACUGGCUGGUGAAAAAUGUCACCUACAGGCCCCAUUGCCAUUUCUGUCUCACUCGAAAUGGGAUCCUGAUGUUCAAAUUUGCUUACCCAACUCCACCCUCACCAGCAGAAUGUUCAGAGUGGAUUUUGUUGGAGAAGUAUCGAAAGAAGCUAUAUAAUGUCACAGAGUUUGACAACAGCCUGCUGAGCAAUUUCACUCUGAUGACCAAGAACCCCGAAGUGACUUAUGCAAACCAAGAUAUCAUCUGGUCUAAGUUUGAAACCAUAUUCUUUACAAUCUCUGGCCUUGUCAACUAUGCACCGGUGUUCAGAGACUACAUCUUCCGGGGCCUGGAGGAGUUCUACCAGGACAAUGUGUUCUACCUGGAGCUCAGAGCCAUGCUGUUCCCGGUGUAUGAACUGAACGGGAUGAUCCAUAACCAAGAGUGGUCAGUGAGGACCUACGGAGAAGUGGCUCGUAUGUUUGCGAAAGAGCAUCCUGGCUUUAUUGGACUCAAAAUCAUUUAUUCAGAUCACAGAUUCAGAAAUGUGUCCCUCAUCAUGAAAUCCAUCCAAACAGCCAUGAUGCUUCGAACCAGGUUCCCCAAGACGGUGGCAGGGUUUGAUCUGGUGGGGCGUGAGGACACUGGCUACUCCUUAUACUACUACAAGGAGGCUUUGAUGAUUCCAGCCUUGCAAGGUUUUAAACUGCCUUACUUUUUUCAUGCUGGAGAGACAGAUUGGCAGGGUACUUCCAUAGAUGGAAACCUUCUGGAUGCCCUAAUACUGAACUCUACCAGGAUUGGCCAUGCAUUUGCUUUGAUCAAACACCCAGCAGUCUGGACUGAGUCAUGGAAAAAAGACAUUCCCAUAGAAGUCUGUCCUAUCUCCAAUCAGGUUCUGAAGCUGGUGUCUGACUUGAAAAACCACCCUGCAGCUGUUCUGAUGGCUACUGGGUACCCUAUGGUGAUCAGCUCUGAUGACCCAGCUGUCUUUGGUGCCAAAGGCUUGUCCUAUGAUUUCUAUGAGGCCUUCAUGGGCAUUGGUGGGAUGACGGCUGACCUGAGGACACUCAAACAGCUGGCCAUAAACUCUAUCAAGUACAGUACCCUGUUGGAUACUGAGAAAGAGGCUGCCAUGAAAACCUGGGAGGAGAGAUGGAAUAACUUUGUAGCUGAUCUGGCCAGGAGGCCAAAGUGAGAAGUCAGCCAUUUAUUACCCCAUUCCUCUGCUUCCUUCCACAG